AUGGGUGCUGUUCCUCCUACCGAUCUUAAUCACUUCAUUUGCACUUUGGGUGAAGCUGAAAUUCACAACCUAACUCCUUCAAUCGAUCAAUACGACACGAUCAACGAUUUCCUCGAUUACCAAGCUGAACACAAUGGAGAUCAAUUAGCCAUAGGAAUUCCCAAAAUAGCUCCUGAUAUGGGCGGACCAGGAAAGGGUUCAACUUUUUACAAAAUUGCGGGACUUUUCAUUGCAACUCGCGUGGACUAUACAGCUUCCUCAGACAACAAAGACAGUUGUGAGCGAAGGCCAUCGUCUAGCGAGGAAAACAUCGAGCAUCUGUGCAAACAAUGUAACAUUGAUAUCGUGUUUUACGACUUAACCCUCCGAGAGAUAUCAUGUAAUCCUCCAUUUAUGAUGCGAGGAUACUCGAUCUCAAAUCUUCUGGAUCUUUUUACAGCCCUUGGCAGUACUCCUCGAAAUCAACGUAUACCAAUCCAUAAGGUUACGGGGGAAAGCACAGCUUACCAUCACCAUACGUCUGGCACCUCGGGCCUUCCGAAGCCCGUCCCCUACUCUCACCAUGCUGCAUGCGGAGCAUUGCCAAUACUAAACGAUCGAAACACAUUGACCUUCACCACAACACCUCUCUACACUGGCGGUAUCGCGGAUUGUUUACGUGCUUGGACUAGUUUAUCAACAAUCUGCCUUGCUCCUAAUGAUGGUCAUCCACUGACCUCCGAGACAAUCAUUGAAUCUUUCUCACAAGCGCAAAAGGCUUAUGAAUACUUGAUACAUAGAUUCUGUGGUUUCCCAAAAACCGGUCCAGAACUAAUGUACUUUUCUUGUGUUCCAAUGAUCGCUCAAAUGCUUUCUAAAUCCGCGAAAGGACUUGCAUUUCUUCGAACGAUGAAAAUUGUGGGUGUAGGCGGAGCCAGCAUGCCGAAAGAAGAUGGAGACUUUCUCGUCUCCGCGGGAGUCAACCUUACUUCUCGAUUUGGUAGUGCCGAGUGUUCAUUUCUUCUGUCAUCUCACCGCCAUUAUGAAACGGAUCGUGAAUGGCAAUACUUCAGAGUUCCGGAGGGUCUUCGAUAUCUUGAAUUUGAACCACUGUCUGAUGGUUCCGGCAGAUUCGAGUUGGUGGUCAUGAAGGGCUGGUCACACUUGCCAAAGUGCAAUCGACGAAAUGGGAGCUUCGCAACGAGUGAUUUGUUUGAGCCACAUCCUUCAAUCAGGAAUGCAUGGAAACACGUGGGUAGAAAAGAUACCCAGAUCACUCUUUCAACUGGAAAGAAAUUCGAUCCUGUUUGCAUUGAAGAGGCAUUUAAGAGAUUUCCCCUCGUGCAGGAUGCAUUUGUAUUCGGUGAUGGACAGAUGUACCCCGGAGCAAUAAUUAUAAAGUCACAUGUAGACCUCGGUAUGAGCAAUGAGGAAGUCAGGGAUACAAUUUGGCCUUAUAUUGAGAGCUUGAACAACAUUGGCCCAACUCAUGCCAAAAUCUUCAAAGACAUGCUGGUAAUUAAACCGCACGUCGCCUUCUUGGCAAAAACCGCGAAAGGAACGAUAAGGAGGCGAUUGGUUGAGGCAUUCUCCAGCGUAUCGGACGCCAAGCCCUUUCCCUGGAACUUGGUAUACGAAUGUGGAAGUGUCAGAGCACUCACCAACUACAUCAAAGCUUCUCGAAGUGGACCCAUUGUGAAUGAUGACGAGGACGAAGUUCAACGGAUGGACAGCAUUGUUAAACAAUUUGGCAAGUCGUUGAUGGAUGAGACUACGGAGGCAUGUGUCACAUUCACAAAGAACCUCAAAGAAACUAUAAUCAUUACUGGAGUCACUGGUAGCCUUGGCGUGAACAUCGUCAGUUUGUUGCGAUCUAUAUUGUCAAGUGACAAGGAACUUCGGGUUGUUUGCCUCGUUCGAGCUAAAAAUGACAAAGAAGCAGUCGACAGAGUAGAGGAAGCGCUGCGCUAUCACGAUAUAUAUCAAAAUCUAGUAUCCACUACCACAAGCUUUGAAUGCAGAGCUGCGAAUUUGGAUCAAACUGAACUCGGUCUUUCGAGAGAUGUAUUGUUUGAUCUUCGCAAGCAUGCAGCCUGGGAAGUCAAUUUCUCCAUUCCUCUAAGAGAUUUCACAGAGCAAUUUCAAGGACUUCGCAGUUUGAUAAAUUUCUCUCUGUCUGGUGAAAGACCAAAGCACAUGGUCUUCUGUUCAUCCAUAGCAAGCGUAGCCGAAGCCAGCAACAAUGGAAACCUUGUCAUAGAAACUGUAGACCGGAAUCCUUUGCACGCUGGAUCUUUGGGAUACGCGAAGAGUAAGUGGGUCGCCGAAGCGAUCUGCUCUUUGGCAUGUCAAAAGACAAGAGCAAAUAUUAGCAUAGUCAGGAUUGGUCAAUUAUGCGGCAAUACCGUCAAUGGAACCUGGAAUGAAAAAGAGGCGUGGCCACUAAUGCUAAGUGCUGGAGUCCCUGGAUGUCUAAAUUCUUUACCAGAACUCCCCAUGCGGCUUUCGUGGCUUCCACUUGAUAUAGCAGCUGCGGCAAUUGUUGAAAUUGCCUUGCAAAACACUCUUCCAUACACUAUACAGCCUCAAACAGCACGACACGAAGCAAAAGUAUUUCAUCUAGUCAACAACUCAAACCUGACAUGGACACACUUGUUGAAAUGGAUUGGCCAAGAGAGGACAGAAGAACUUGGAGAAUGGCUGCUACAUGCAGAGUUGCCAAGUCCUGAAGGAUUACCAGACGAUCAUCCGGCGAGGUCAUUACUCGGCUUUUGGAAGACUAUGGGAAGUGAGAUCAAGGAGGAUAUCACAGUGAAACAGGCUCCACAAUUUGGGCUUUUGAGAACAAGACAGGUGUCUUCAACCAUGAGAUCUUUUGUUGAUCUUGAUGAGGAAUCAGUGAAGAAGAUGUGGAAAUGGGUCCAGACUGUGGCGAAAAGAUGGGAGGAUGAAAAGGAUGGUAGGCUGAAGACGCAAGCAUCCCCGAAUUCACCUUUGAUUUCGGAUGAUGAUGAAGCUGUCAGUGGUAUUCUUGAAAAACAUUAA